UUUUAUCUUCGGAGCGCAGUGUGGUUUUGGAUCCAGCCCACAGGAGGAGUGGGAGCCUCCACAGACUCGCUGUGAUUGGCUCAGACACGACUAACUCCAUUUUGGAAAACAGCUGUUUGAAGACACAACCUUUUCCCCGUUGUUUGCCGACAGUACCCUGAGAAGAAAAAAAAUCACGCAGGUUUUCGCCACGCACUCUCUCUCUUCACCAGGGGCUGUUUUUUUAUACACACCAUCCUGCUUCACUUUGGGCCCACUUCGGCGCGCUGCGUUUUUUGUCCGACUGCCAGGAAACUUAACUGGAGAUCCAUGGUGUUAGAUUUCCAUUGUAACAAGUGGAUAGCUGGAGGAGACCCGGCCAAGGUGUAAUGAGAGCGCUGGUCAUGGGCAGAUGAUGGAUGUGGAGACGUCGUAUUCAGACUUCAUCAACUGUGAUCGCACAGGCCGCAGGAACGCAGUGCCCGACAUCUCAGGGGAGGGGUCAGUAGUGACCAGCACCAGUGAACUCACCAAAGACAUGGCAGAGAUGGACCUGAAGGCUGCAGGAGGAGACCCAGGGUCCUCCCCAGCCCCAGAGGCGGAGGGCUCCAACAGCCAAGCUGCCCAGGGAAGCGGAGGCCCAUCCUAAGCUCAGCCAGAGACCGAAGGGAGGCAGAGAAAUGUAGAGAGGAAGCAGGUGAAAGUAGAGAGACAUGGAGUAAGGAAAUGGAGAGUGUUGGUACUGGUUCUCCUGACUGGACAUGAGGACACUUUCGCUCACUGCCGGCCUGUUUGGAGCUUCAGGGGCUCCAAAUGUUCGCCUUUUUAUUGAAUCUGAUUGUACCACGGGGAACAGAACAGAGUAGAACUGACAGCUGAGAUGCUGCGCUUUUGCUUUAUACUCUGUUAGUUAUUUAUAUUCCCGAUGAGAGAAGAAAGCACAGAAACUUUGGAUUAAGGUCUGCGGAGAUGGACUGAGCUAAACAGAAUUCGUUCAUAACAACACUCGAAACGUUGCUCCAGCCUAAUGUGGGACUGUUAUGGAGGGGUAUUCAUUAUCAUCUGUUUGUCAUUUUCUUUCUAUGUAUGUGUGUGUGUUUGUGAUCCUGUUGUUCAGUUUCACCGUCGAGUCUUUUCUUUAUAUAUUUACCAACAUAGUCCCCAUUUUACUGUCGUGUAUGGAAAUUCAUAUUUAUUGCUAAAUGUUCAGUGAUAACUUUGUGAUAGCAAUUUUCUUUGUGUAAUAAAAUACUUAUGAAUUACUGCAA